AUGGCUUCCAAAUCUGACAUCUUUCAAUCGCCGCCCAAAGCGUUGACCUUCGAUGUUUUCGGGACUGUGGUCAACUGGAGAGACACCGUAGUAUCCAAACUCAUCCAGAGCGCAGCGGCAAAGACUUCCCCCUCGUCGUCCCGAUCAGCAGACCUCUCGUCAGAAGUCCGCAAGAGGCUCUCGGAACUAGACGACGACGACUGGGCCCGAUUCGCAGCGGAGUGGCGUAAGUCAUACUACCUCUUCACGCAGGCGUUCGUGCCGGGGGAGACCAGGUGGCGAGACAUCGACACGCACCACCACCUCGCCCUCAUCGAGCUGCUGCAGAGAUGGGGCCUCGAGGGCCUGUACACCGCCGACGAGCUGGAAGAGCUGAGCCGCGUCUGGCACUUCCUGGAUCCCUGGGAAGACUCGUCUCCCGGGUUGCGCAAGCUGGGGACGAAGUUCGUCACGUCGACGCUGUCGAAUGGCAACCAGGCGCUUCUGAAGGACUUGCGGGAGCAUGGGGACCUCAGGUUCGAGAAGUUGCAGUCUUCGGCUGACUUUAAGGCUUACAAGCCGCAUCCUUCGGUCUACCAGGGGGCUGCAAAGGCGAUGGGGCUGCAGACGAGCGAGGUGGCAAUGGUCGCCGCGCAUUUGGCCGACCUCAAAGGCGCGAGGCAGGAGGGGUUCAAGACGAUCUAUGUCGACAGGCCUCAAGAGGAAGCUUGGAGCCAUGAUUCAGAGGAGUAUAAAGAUGCCAAGGAGUGGGUUGAUAUCUGGGUCAAGCAGGACGAAGGCGGCUUCUUGGAGCUAGCUAGGAGGUUCGGUAUCAACUAA